AUGCUCAUCACUAAAGCAAUCAAUAUUCUUUUAGAUAAAAGAAAUGUAAAAUACCGGUUUCAAUCAUUCCUUGUCCUCUGUUUGUACACUCGUUUACUAGUCGUCUUUGCCAGAAGUGUUGGUCAACUCAGCUGCUUCAUCAAUGCCUCCAUUAAAGGUAUCAGUGUUCUCAACAAUGCCAAGAACAUAACUUCUCAACCUACACAUUGUCCCUCAGCUCUGCUAUGGGCUGACAUAUUGGUCUCAUAUGCACUAUUCGUCAUGCAAAACUAUUUAACCAAAGUUUGGAAUAUAAGCUUUGUUAAUGCUGCUGGAAUUUUGAACAUAUGGGGUGGAAUUUCAAUGAUAUUACCCGUUUUCUUUCUUUUCCUCGUCGACACCCUUCUCGGAAACCGAACGAUGCUCGUGAUUUCUAGCAUUUCCUAUAGUUUGGGAAUCGGAUUAGUCACUAUGUCUACGCCUCCGGUUCUUGCUGGUGCUACUGGUACGUGCAAAGACUACAAACCUAAAUGUGUUCAUCGCCCACAAAAGUAGCUGGAAAUUUCAUCUCCGUCAAACCCUUUCUUGAUGAGCAACAAUUGGAUAAUGAUCAUGACAGCAACGAAGGCGCAAGAGAAUUCUGCAAACAACCAUGUAAUGUGAUAGCUCGACUGCAUCAUUGUGUAUUGAAGAAGGGAGCAAAGAAGCUUGAUCGAGCUUCGAAUACACAGCAGCCGUCCGAUGGAGUUUUAGUUUGAGGAUUAAACUGCAGCCGUUAGAUCUAACUAGCCGUUAGAUUAGUUUGUCUUUAAAUAGUUGUUUCUGUUUGUUAGUUAGGUUGUUCUUCCUUUUCAAUUGUAGCUCGUUUCUCCCUCAAUCAAUAAACGUCUUUG